AUGGUCCUGGUUUCAUGCAGUAACCUCAGUGAGUGGAUUAGGUUCUUGAGUAACAACAAUCGUAUAUUUCAGAGUGUCCGUCCUUUUCUCAUUUUGUCUCAUUCUCAGAGAUCGCGAAGGAAUAUUGCUAACUUCACAAUGACUGGAUUUCUUCUCGUGGGGUUUUCCAGACAGCGUGAGGUAAAUCUCUUAUGUGGUGCAGUUUUCUUGGCUUUCUACCUAGUGGCUCUCAUUGGCAAGAGUCUCAUUAUCGCUGCCACGUCCAUGGACCACAGUCUCAGCUCACCUAUGUAUUUCUUCCUGAAACAUCUCUCCUUCUUGGAUCUCUGCUACAUUUCUGUGACUGUGCCGAGGUUCAUCUGCAGCUCGUUCAUGCACAGUGCCUACAUUUCCCUGUGGGAGUGCAUACUACAGUGUUUUGCAUUCUCUCUCUGUGGUUCUUCUGAAGUGGCGAUGCUCACGGUGAUGUCCUAUGACCGCUAUGUGGCCGUGUGCCUCCCUCUGCACUAAGAAGUCAUCAUGGAUGUCAGUACCUGCAUUUGUGGGGUGUCAGCCGUGUGGGCCAGUGGUGUGUCAGGACUCAUGCACACAGCGGCGACUUUCUCCAUCCACUUCUGUGGCUCCCAUAUCCUCCACCAGUUCUUCUGUGACAUCCCUCAGCUCUUGAAACUCUCCUGUUCCAGGCAGUUUGUCAGUGAGCUUGGAGUCAGUGGCUUCCUGUCCUUGCUGGCAUUCUUCUGUGUCGUCUCUAUUGGUUUUACUUAUGUGCGCAUAUUAUCUACUGUGCUGAGGGUGCCAUCUGCAGAGGGCAGAGCCAGAGCCUUCUCUACUUGCCUGCCCCACCUGUUUGUGGUUGUUUUAUUUAUCUCCACUGCUGCCUUUGAGUUUCUCAAGCCACAUUCAGCGUCUCCCUCUGCAUUAGACUUCAUACUUACUGUUCUUUAUACUGUUCUUCCCCCAACACUUAAUCCAAUAAUUUAUAGCUUGAGAAAUAAGGCCAUGAAGGCAGCCCUAAGAAAGAUUUUUCAAAGAAAAAGCGUUUUCUUUUCCCGAAUCACAUCCAUUAAUUCCUGUCUGGGAGACACUUCAAACUAUACUGGAACAUGCAACAGCCAAUGA